AUGCUUUGCGGAGAUUUCCACGAAUCGCAGAUGGUGCAAACCGGAGGGGCGGUGAACAUCGAUGCGUCCGGUGGUGCCGUUGCCGCCUUUUUGGACUACAUUUAUGGAAAAGAAACAUGCAUUGAGACUCUCGAGACUACUGAUGAUCAAGUGGAGCUGCUGAAACUCGCAAGCUCCUAUGGUUUGCCGAAUCUAGCAGCCCGUCUUGCCUCCGAAUGGCAGGCAUCGCUGGACAGCGCAAGUGCACUGAAGCUUUUGCCUCACAUUUGGACUCACAGUGAGUUUAGCGAUCUCGCAGACUCGUGUGAACAGCAGAUCCUGGACGAUUUUGCGCUAUGUGUUGAAAGCGCGGACUUUCUCAACCUGACGGCCGGGCAGCUUGGAAGGAUUUUGCAAAGGAAUGAGCUUCAUGUUGCGAGGGAGGAAACAGUCCUUCAAGGCGUCUUCAAGUGGGUCGGCGCGUCAAAAGCAGAGAGAACAUGUCACUUGGAGCUGCUUUUGCAGAACAUUGAUUUUCCAUCUAUGUCAGUGGCAAAUCUGAAGCACUUGAGCCGUUUCGCCCAAUCUGCCGGAGCCGCAGGCCCUGGUUUGAGCAUGGACGUGAACGGUGCCUUGCGCCUUCACCGAAAGCGCCAAGCCGACGGAUCGUCGGAGAAACCAGCCAAAAAGACGUUGUUUGAAGCAUUGGUGCCCGGAUUUAGGCGCUGA